AUGAGUGGAAAAUUUGUGAGAGCCUCCAAGUAUCGUCAUGUUUUUGGACAACCAGCCAAGAAAGAAUUGUGUUAUGAGAACUUGAGAAUUACCAAAAAUGCUUGGGAUUCCAAUAUUAUUCAAACCAAUGGAAAGUACAUUUCAGUUAAUUGGGAGUCUUCAGGGGGUGGUGCAUUUGCUGUCAUUCCUGUUAACGAGACUGGGAAAGCUCCUGAUACUGUUUCGUUAUUUAGAGGACACAAGGGUCCAGUUUUAGAUACUGCUUUCAAUCCAUUCAAUGAACAACAAAUUGCUAGUUGCUCUGAUGAUGGAGACAUUUUGAUUUGGCAAAUUCCCGAUGACUAUUCAUUUCACAAGUAUCUUGAUGAAGAAGAAAAUAUUAAAGAUGUCACUGAACCCAUUAAAGUCUUAUCGGGCCACAAAAAGAAAGUCGGAUUGAUUGCAUUCCAUCCAUGUGCUGAAAAUGUGUUGGCAUCAACAUCGUUGGACUAUUCAGUUAAAAUUUGGAAUGUUGAAACUGGGAAAGAUGAAAUCACUUUGCAGCAUAACGAUUUUGUCACAUCAAUUUCAUUCAAUUACAACGGGUCCUUAUUAGCUACCUGUUCCAGAGACAAGAAAUUGCGUAUUUGGGAUAUCAGAUCAGGUAAGAUCAUUUCUGAAGGAUCUGGGCACGCCGGAGCCAAACCAUCGAGGGUUGCUUGGCUUGGAAAUACCGAUAGAAUUGUUACAACUGGGUUUUCUAGGUUUUCGGAUCGUCAAAUUGGUAUUUGGGAUGUUGAGAAUAUUGACAAAGGUCCAAUCAAUGGAUUUUGGCAAGUUGAUACGUCGUCCGGUGUUUUGAUUCCAUACUUUGACGUGGAAACCUCAAUAUUAUAUGUUGCUGGUAAGGGUGACGGAAAUAUUCGUUAUUAUGAGUAUAUCAAUGAUGAAUUGUUCGAGUUAUCCGAAUACACAUCGACCGACCCUCAAAGAGGAUUUGCUGUUGCUCCUAAAUAUUCAGUUAAUUUGAAAGACAAUGAAGUUACUAAAAGUUACAAAACAGUUUUGGAUAACUCCAUCGAGCCUGUUUCCUUUAUUGUACCAAGAAGGGCAGAAGUAUUCCAAGCUGAUAUUUAUCCAGACUGUCCUUCGACAGAGCCAGCAUUGAGCGCUGAAGAAUGGUUCUCUGGCAAAGAGGUGAAUGGUCCAUUGCUCAUUACAAUGGAAUCAUUGUAUAAUGGUAUCAAACCAGAAAUCCACGAAUCCAAACCAGUAACCGUGGUAAACGAAGUCAAAAAAGAGGCCGAACAAAAGAAACAAGAGGAAAUCAAGUUAAAGAGUGAACAGAAGGAAAAGAAGUCUGAUAGUCAAUCAACAUCAGCUGCUACUGCUUCUACUACUAAGAAACAAGAAAUCGAAUCUACUAAAGAAGGCACUCCAGGAAAGAAUGUCGACGAUUUAUUAAAGACUUCAGGACAAGUAAGUAGUUUGCUUAAUAAAGUAGCUGAACAAUCUGAUGACGAAGACAAUACCAACCAGGAAAACGGAAAAGAUGAAGCCUGGGAGGAAGUAAAGAAGCCAGUAACAAAGUCAUUAUCCCCUUCUAAGGUUGAUAAAAAGGAAGAGCCUAAGAAGGAAGAACCAAAGAAAGAGGAGCCAAAGAAAGAGGAACCAAAGAAAGUGACAUCUCCAGUUACAAAUGGAAAAUCAGUCAAACAAGAAAAUCAACAAGAUAGUAAAUCAAAUGUACCAAAAAAAUCAACUGCAAAUAACGACUACACCACUGUCGAAAAGUUGGCUGAGGUGGUAACUAAGUUAGAGUCAAGGGUAUCAGAAUUGACAAAUGCUGGAUUAGAAAAAGAUAAAAAGUUGGAAGCAUUAGAAAAGAAAUUAGAAGAGUUGUUAAAAAGAUCAACAGCAUAG